CAAAAUACGUUGAGGGUGCGCAUCGAGACCUUCCUUUCCCCCUUCUCGCGUGGACCAGCGGUGGACAAGAUGCCACAGUUUUGCAACGGCAAGAUCACCAAGGCGUCGCCGUCGGCCCAGCCCGAUGAGUUUGAGACGUCCAUCGGCCAGACGCUGCUGGACCUGGAGAUGAACUCUGAGCUCAAGGCACAGCUCAGGGAACUCUCCAUCACCGGCGCCAAGCAGAUUGAUGUUGGCGACAAGAAGUGCAUUGCCAUCUUCGUCCCCGUGCCUCUGCUGCGGUCCUUCCAGCGUGUGCAACAGCGCCUGGUGCGGGAGCUCGAAAAGAAGUUUAGCGGCAAGCACGUUGUGGUCAUCGCCCAGCGCCGCAUCCUGGCCAAACCCACUCGCAAGAUGAAGAACCCCCCUAAGCAGAAGCGGCCUAGGAGCCGCACCCUGACCAGCGUCCACGACAACAUUCUGGAGGACCUCGUGUUCCCAGCGGAGAUUGUGGGCAAGAGGAUCCGCGUCAAGCUGGACGGAUCAAGGCUCAUCAAGGUUCAUCUGGAUAAGGCCCAGCAGACCAACAUUGAACAUAAGGUGGAGACGUUCACGGCCGUCUACAAGAAGCUGACGGGGAAGGAGGUCAACUUUGAGUUCCGGGACACCUAUUUGUAAGCGUUUGACGGCUGCCGUGGAGAGUAAACGGGAUGAAAAAAAAACAUUGGUGUGUCUCUGUCCUUGGUGUUUGGUACUUUGUUACCCUCUUUGUUUGUGGAUUAGAAUUCUAUUGAAGGAUUGCAGAGUGACUGGAAAGUGUAUUGAAGGAUUUUAAGGCUGUUAGGAUAUGUUUAGCAAUGUGUGUUAUUGUUAUUAUUAGAUGUUAACCCAUCCACUGCGAUUGUCAGGGAUUUCGCCUUCACUGGUAGCCUGGUAACAUACACUCCCAGGUCUGUCUCUGCCUCUGUGGUGGAUAGUGGAGUGUUUCCCAUGUGGUAUUGGUGUGCUGGAUAUCCCUUCACUGGUAGCCUGGUAACAUACACUCCCAGGUCUUUCUCUGCCUCUGUGGUGGAUAGUGGAGUGUUUCCCAUGUGGUAUUGGUGUGCUGGAUAUCCCUUCACUGGUAGC